UUCCAAAGAGGGAGAAUGUUGAAGAUUCUGCACCAUUUAACAUAAACUUAAUGAAGUACCCUUGUAAUGAUUUCAGAAAACCAAGCACAGAAAUAAAGAUCAAUAGGAAAGCUGCAUUUGGAACCACAACUCUUGUCUUAACAGAUUUUGGUAACAAAACUGUUUUGAGAAAUGAUACUCAGAUAUCCGAUGGACAUUCUCAGUGUAUUGCUCCAAAAAGCAAUUAUAAACAAAUACAAAACAAUGUCUAUCAGUCAAGGGGAAGCACAGACAAGGAUUGCUCAACAGGCGUAACUGCUACAGCUUUGUCCUGCUGUAGGCAACCUCUCUCUUUCAAACACAUACAGAAGAAACAGAAAACUGAUCAUGUACCCUCAGUUCGCCAAUAUAAUAUAGCAAUCAGCAUACCUCAAGCUAAUACGACAGAUGAUAUUCAUAUGUUAAGCACGGGCCAUCCUCGCUGCAGUAAACAUGGCCAUCUCUGCAGCCUCAGAAUUGUGAGAAAGGAUGGAGAAAACAAAGGCAGGCAGUUUUAUACCUGUCCUCUACCCAGAGAAACUUCUUGUGACUACUUUCAAUGGGCUGACUUGGAUUUUCCAUUUUGUAACCACGGCAAGCGAUGCGUUAUGAAGACUGUGUUGAAGAUUGGUCCUAAUAACGGAAGGAACUUUUUUGUGUGCCGUCUUGGAAAGGAAAAACAGUGUGGGUUUUUCCAAUGGGCAGAAAGUGGGCCAG